AUGUCGAGACUCAUCGUUAAAAACCUCCCAAAUGGGAUAAAGGAGGAGAGGUUCCGAGGUAUGUUUGCAGCCUUUGGGACUGUAACCGACUGCACUCUCAAGUUCACAAAGGACGGCAAGUUCCGCAAGUUUGGCUUUGUCGGCUUCAAAAGCGAGGAAGACGCAAAUGCGGCGUUGAAGCAUUUUCACAGGAGCUUUGUGGACACAUCCAGAGUGACCGUUGAGAUGUGUAAGGCGUUUGGAGACCCCACCAAAGCAAAAGCCUGGAGCAAACACACUCAAAGCUCCGAACCGGACAAACCAACCAUACAGAGUAAACCUGCCAAUAAAAAGGAGAAGGCGGAAAAGGAAGGCAUCAGUGCACUAAAAAAUCUGGUGGAGGAUGAAGGGUUCAAGGAGUUCUUGUCUGUGCAUCUGAAUCGAAGCCAAGCAACAACAUGGGCCAACGAUGCAGUGCAGGAAGCGGUCCACCCUGACGACGCCAAAGUAAAGACCAAGAAAAAAGUGGCCGCAGAUGAUUACCUCAACUUUGACUCUGACCAGUCAGAGGAAGAAUUUGACGAAAGAGAAGAAGACGACGAUGAGGGCAGUGAAGAUGACUGCACCACCAAAGAAGCUCUGAAGUCCGAUUUGUCAGAUAUGGAUUAUCUUCGCACAAAAAUAGUACGAACUGAGGAACCAAUGGAUGAAAGUCAAGAGACUGAUGGCAAAAAGGGAGAAGAUUGCGGACCUAUACAGCUCAACGACAGCGCUUAUGAGAGCGGAGACCGAGAAAACGCCCUUGAGAUGAAAACCUCAGAGUCCUCUGAGGACAAGAAGUCAGGAAAAGACAAAAAAAAUACCAAGCAAGAGAUGGUACCAACAACAGAGUUCACAGUGAAGCUAAGAGGCGUCCCAUUCAAUGUUAAAGAGCAACAAAUUAGAGAAUUCAUGACGCCACAAAAGCCUGCCGCAAUCAGAAUUGGAAGGAAAGAAAGUGGCAACAGAACAGGCUAUGUUUAUGUCGAUUUACAUUCUGAAGAAGAUGUUGAAAAAGCCUUGAAGAAAAAUAAUGAUUAUAUUGGAGGACGCUACAUUGAGGUUUUCCGAGUCGAUGCAUCCAAAUGGAACAGGAAUGACCAAAAGGACAAAAUAAUUGACAGAAACUUUACCAGGAAGCUGAAGGAGGAUGAGGAAGAAGAGGAUGUUGCAGAUUCAGGACGACUUUUUGUCCGAAAUCUCCCAUACACUUGUGCAGAAGAAGACGUCAAAGAAUUAUUUUCGAAACAUGGUCCUUUAUCUGAGGUGCUCUUCCCCAUUGACAAUCUUACAAAGAGACCUAAAGGUUUUGCUUUCAUAACGUACAUGAUUCCAGAAAAUGCUGUGACAGCUUUGGCCCAGCUGGACGGACACAUAUUUCAGGGCAGAAUGCUUCACCUGCUCCCGUCCACAGUGAAGAAGGAAAAAGGUGAAUCAUCAGAAGCUGGAGGUCCAGGCUCGUCGUCUUAUAAACGUCAAAAGGAUGCAAAAAACAAAGCUUCCAGUUCAAGUUCACAUAACUGGAAUACACUCUUUCUGGGCACAAGUGCAGUGGCCGAUGCCAUUGCUGACAAAUACAACACCACAAAAAGCCAAGUUUUGGACCAUGAGACAAAAGGAAGUGUUGCAGUACGAAUGGCUUUAGGUGAGACCCAGAUUGUCCAAGAGACUCGCCAGUUUCUACUAGACAACGGUGUGAGCUUGGAUUCCUUUAGUCAGGCAGCAGCAGAGAGGAGCACUUCUGUGAUCUUGGUGAAGAACCUCCCAGCCGGAGUGACAGUGUCCGAGUUGGAAGAACUUUUCUCCACUCAUGGCUCUUUGGGGCGAGUGCUGUUGCCGCCCUCCGGCCUCACCGCCAUCAUUGAGUUCCUGGAACCCACCGAAGCGAAGCGAGCUUUUACUAGGCUGGCCUACAGCAAGUUCCAUCAUGUCCCACUGUAUUUAGAGUGGGCGCCUGUGGGGGUGUUUGUUGAAGCCAAGCCAGUACCAGUAAAAGCACAGGAUGUGGAAGAGAAGAGGGAGGAAGAAAAAGAAGAUGAAGACGAAGAGGAUGAAGAAGAUGUUCCAGGUUCCACACUUUUCAUCAAGAAUCUAAAUUUCAGCACAAUGGAGGAAACACUUCAAGAGACUUUUUCAAAAUGUGGCAAGGUGAAGUCUUGCACAGUCUCCAAGAAAAAAGACAAAAAGGGCAAAAUGCUGUCAAUGGGCUAUGGUUUUGUUCAGUAUCAGACAUCUGAGGCGGCACAAAAAGCCCUGCGACAACUUCAGCACUGCAGUGUGGACGGACACAGCUUAGAACUGAAGGUUUCAGAAAGAGCUACCAGAACUGCAGAAGUGUCCCGCAAGAAAAAGCAGGUGGAAAAGAAACAAACAGGAUCGAAGAUCCUCGUACGAAAUGUCCCCUUCCAAGCCACUGUCAAGGAAAUUCGAGAACUCUUCUGUACAUUUGGAGAGCUGAAAACUGUCCGCCUUCCAAAGAAAGCAGCAGGUACCGGAAAUCAUAGAGGCUUUGGCUUUAUUGACUUUGUCACCAAGCAGGAUGCUAAGAAAGCAUUUGCCGCCUUGUGCCACAGUACCCAUCUUUACGGGAGACGCCUUGUGCUGGAAUGGGCUGAUGCGGAGGACACCGUGGAGACACUGAGACGGAAAACAGCUGAACAUUUUCAUGUGGCCAGCAAAAAACAACGAAAAGCGGAGGUGCUCGGGGGAAUUCUGGAAAACAUGGAAACUCAAGAUGAUGCAGAGGACUAA